AUGAUUCUACCACCCAUCGAUGGCGGUGUCCGUGCCGCACCCGCGCAGCCGCGCAGCGACAAACGGAGGCCCUCCGAGCCAGAGAGGUCCACCUCGUUGAAGGCCGUGCAGUUGAAGAGUCAAAUCAAGGCCAAAUUUCACGAGCUUGACGUCAACAAGGAUGGCUGCUUGUCGUUCGAGGAGCUGACUGUGUUCCUGGGAUGUUUGUCGACCAAGCUCACAGAAAAGGAAGUGCGCGAGAUCUUCAGGACCAUGGAUCGAAACAGAGACGAGAAGGUUCAGUUCGAUGAGUUCGUUGAUUUCAUCUUCAGCAGUGAGAUGGACAAGAACCCACGCUUGCUUGCAGAUGUGGAGGCAGCCGCGAAGCGCAGCACGAACAAUGUGGCGCGUGUGGAGUCGACUGCAGCCCGCGAGAGAGCUGAGCGCCUACAUGCGGAGAAGGCAGGUCGUGAUCGUCUUGGGCGUCUGGAAGGGCGCUAUGCCUUCCGUUGGCAGGGGGACGCUGAUGAGGCAGAGUCCUUCGAGCUGAUCCUCCGUGAGUCCGGAAAGUUCGAAAGCAUGUACUUCUCGCAGCUCGGGGCGGGAAUGACGGACAAGGAGAAUCACAGUGGUGCUUGGGAAGUCUCAGCCACAGAACGCGAGAUCUUGCUCUACAAAGAGGGUGGUGGCCCCGUCGAGCGCUGGGCUUUGGAUGCGCAUGGUGAUCUCGAUGCCGGAAAAGACUUUGCUCUGUCGAAACAGCGCAUGGUCCUGCGGUCAGAUGACGACUGCUUCGAUGUUGCGGCGGCGCUGAAGUCGCUGCAGGUGGACCGCACCGUGGGCCCCGUGAGCAAGGAGCUCUUCACCCCUGGAGCUGCAGCGGGCAAGCGGCGCCUCGAGGAGUUUGUGCGAAAGCGCCUUACCAUAUUCGGAAAGCAGCGCAAUGAUCCCACGAAGCAGGCACUAUCUGGACUUUCUCCAUGGAUUAAGUUUGGCCAGAUAUCCGCGCAGCGCUGCGCUCUGGUCGUCAAGAAGGCCGCCAAAGGUGCGUCCAAGGCUGGUGCCGACGACUUUCUCGAGGAGUCCAUUGUGCGGCGCGAGCUCGCCGACAACUUCUGCUGGUACAACCAGAACUAUGACUCCCUGAAGGGUGCUUCGGCCUGGGCAGUCGAGACGCUCAAAAAGCACAGCAAGGACAAGCGGGAGUACGUCUACAGCAGGCUACAGCUGGAGAAGGCCCAGACACACGACGAGCUUUGGAAUGCGGCUCAACGCCAAAUGGUUUCUGAGGGUAAGAUGCAUGGCUUCCUCCGUAUGUACUGGGCAAAGAAGGUCUUGGAGUGGAGCAAGGACCCUGCCACAGCUUUGGCGACAGCCAUUUACCUCAACGACCGCUACAAUCUGGAUGGGCGGGAGCCAAACGGGUAUGUGGGCUGCAUGUGGUCCAUCUGUGGAGUGCAUGACAUGGGAUGGCCGGAGCGCAAGAUCUUUGGAAAGAUUCGAUACAUGAACUACGAGGGUUGUAAGAGGAAGUUCAACGUCAAGGACCGCUGCUGCGCAUGUUGA